UCCAAACGGCCCCAAUGUGAUUCUCCUGCUUUACUGCCUAUAUAGAGAGAGAGAGACACACACACAGGUCUCUUCCUUAAUAGCUUAAUUCCUGUAUAUAUAGACAACAUCGUACAAACAACAGAAGACAUGUCUGGGAUUAUACAAAUAUCCCCACUUACAAAACACCCAUUAGACUCUUCAAGAUUGCUCCUUUUUCAAUCUCAGCUCAAUUUCCCAUCAAGUUCAUCAAUCUUGCAACUGGGUUUUGAAUAUUCAAACAGAUUUUGUGUAAUUAAAGGUGGGAAUUUGAGGGCGUUGACUAAUAAUUAUACACAAGGGUCUGUGCAAAAUGGGUUGGAAUCAUCUCCAGUGAAGCUAGAGCUGAUUUCUAGUGAAACCCAGUUUGAUCGUGUGAUUGCUGAUGCACAACAGUUAGAUGAAUCUGUGAUUGUUUUAUGGAUGGCAAGCUGGUGCAGAAAAUGCAUCUAUUUGAAACCGAAAUUGGAAAAAUUGGCUGCUGAGUACUUCCCAAGAGUAAGAUUCUACUGCGUUGAUGUCAACAAUGUCCCACACAAACUUGUGGUUCGUGCAGGGGUCACCAAAAUGCCAACCGUGCAGCUUUGGAAGGAUAGCCAAAAACAGGGUGAGGUUAUCGGAGGACACAAAGCUUACUUGGUCGUUAACGAGGUUCGUGAUAUGAUUGAAUGUGAGUAUACAUUGUAAAUUUGUUUUGCGAAGACAAUGGGUCAAUUUAGUCUUCAUAAAUGACCCAAUAAUUUUUUUUGACAUUUCUCUUUGCAAAAGUUAAUUUCAGCAAAAACGAAACCAUUGUAUGUACAUAUAAAGAUUUUUUAUAGAAUAAGUUGGGACGUGUAAGACUGUCAUUUAGAUA